UCGAUACAACACCGCGAAUGCAUCACAUUCGCGCAUGUCUGUUUCUCAGAGGAUAAACAAAACUGCAUGACCCACUAUCAGCUGUAGUCUGGUAAAUAAAGAGUCACAUUCAGGUGUGACUAUGGGGAAGUCGAUUUCCCACCUCACUAAGCAGACAGGCUACGAUGAGGGUCAGGACAGCCUGACCUCUCCUCUGGAGGACACCCAAACUGAGGAUGGCAAGGAUGGAGACGUCUCCCAGUUUCCUUAUGUGGAGUUCACGGGACGGGACAGUGUGACAUGUCCCACAUGUCAGGGCACCGGGAGGAUCCCCAGAGGACAGGAAAAUCAACUUGUGGCAUUGAUUCCAUACAGUGACCAAAGGCUGCGGCCCAGGAGGACGAAGCUGUAUGUAACAGCGUCAGUGGUGGUCUGCCUGUUACUCUCCAGUCUAGCUGUCUUCUUCCUCUUUCCUCGCUCCAUCGAUGUGUCCUAUGUUGGAGUGAAAUCUGUUUUCGUCAGCUACGACCAAGAAAAGCACAGCGUCUAUCUUAACAUCACAAACACUCUCAACAUUACCAACAACAACUACUACUCAGUGGAGGUAGCCAACAUCACGGCCCAGGUGCAGUUUGCCAAGACGGUGAUCGGUAAAUCUCGCAUGAGUAACAUUACUGCCAUCAGUCCUCUUGACAUGAAACAGAUUGAUUAUAUGGUUCCCACCAUAAUCGCAGAUGAGAUGAGCUACAUGUAUGACUACUGCACUCUGCAAACCAUUAAGGUUCACAACAUUGUCGUCAUGAUGCAAGUAACUGUCACCACAACAUACUUUGGCCAUGUGGAGCAGGUGUCUCAGGAGAUGUACCAGUAUGUGGAUUGUGGAGGGAACACUACCUCUAUCAGAGGGAUGACCAAGCCGUUCAGCAUGCCACAUCCUGCUGAGUAACCCCACCUCUGUCGUCCUCAC